UUUUCGAAUUUUUUUCUCCUUUUUUUUUUACAUUUCCACGAAAUUCCAAUAAUUUAAUAUGAGCAAGAACAACAACGGCAAACAAAAGACCCCCCUUCUCACCCAUCUUGUUGCUGGUGGUGCUGCUGGUUUCAUGGAAGCCUGUACUUGCCAUCCUCUUGAUACCAUUAAAGUGAGAAUGCAGUUGGCCAAAAAUGCUGCCAGAAAUGCAAAGGGUAAGCCUCUUGGUUUCUUGGGUGUUGGUGCAAAGAUCAUCAGAAAUGAAUCCUUCUGGGCCUUGUACAAAGGUCUCGGGGCUGUUGUUUCCGGUAUUGUUCCCAAGAUGGCUAUUCGUUUCUCUUCAUUCGAAUUAUACAAGGAGUGGAUGGCUGAUGCUGAUGGCAAAGUCAGCACUCUUUCAGUGUUCUUUGCUGGUCUUGCUGCCGGUACUACUGAGGCUGUCUUGGUUGUUUCUCCUAUGGAUCUUAUUAAAAUUCGUCUUCAGGCUCAACGUCACUCCAUGGCUGAUCCUAUGGAUAUUCCCAAGUAUCGUAACGCACCUCAUGCUGCUUACACCAUUGUCCGCGAGGAAGGUGUUCGCGCCUUGUACAAGGGCGUUACCUUGACCGCAUUGAGACAAGCCACCAACCAAGCUGCCAAUUUCACUGCUUAUCAAGAGUUUAAGAAGUAUGCUCAAAAGUACCAAAACUUGGAAGAACUUCCCUCUUACCAACAUUUGAUUCUUGGUGGUGUCUCUGGUGCAAUGGGUCCUUUAUCCAAUGCUCCUAUUGAUACAAUCAAGACUCGUAUUCAAAAGUCCAGCGCACCUGGAUCUGGAUGGGAAAGAUUUAAGGUCGUUACAUCUGAAAUCAUGACCAAGGAAGGACCUAAGGCUUUCUAUAAGGGUUUGACACCUAGAUUAUUGAGAGUUGCACCUGGUCAAGCUGUUACAUUCAUGGUUUACGAAAAGGUGAAGUCAUGGCUCGAUGUGUUCCAAGGAAAGGUCAAGGACGGUGAGAUCACUGCUCUUGUUUCAAAGUAAAAAAAUCACCCACUAGUUUUUUUUUUCUUGUAUUUGUAUUAUAAAAAACCUUCACUUUCAAUCCCCACACCCUUACAAAACUCCCAACUCUUUUCUUCUUCCACCGCAAAACUCGAAUUUUUUUUCUUCUGCAUAGAUAUAUUUAAAGAAACAAUACUGUAUUAUUAUUAUUUUCUGUGUGUAUUCCCCCCCCCCCCAUUUAUUAAAAAAAAUAUAUAUUAAAAAACACACUUUUUUUUUUUC